UUUCUCUUGGCCAUGGAUGUUGUGAUUGUCCGUAGGUGGUAGAUGGUCUCUGACUGUCGAACGCGGAGGUACCACCCGGCGGUUCUCGUAGGCGGAGCCAGAAUGUGUGCAUGUUGCAUGCACACGUGUUCCCUCGCCAGAGUCCGUGUGGCGUCCCCCCCCUUUCCCAUGUAUCCCCCAUAGCCCCACGGUCUUAGGCCUUCGUGGUAGCUGGAAUAUAAACAAAAAGGU